GUUCCAGGUUCCUAGUAACACGCUCCCUGUCCCUGGUCAAGAUGUCGGGUCACACUCCAUCCAUAACGAGGCUGGAACAGCGGGCAGCCGAGGCCGAUCACAUCAUAGACUACCUCAAACAGCAGGUCCAGCUGCUCAAGGAGAAAGCCAAGGUGCAAGCCACCGUCAGAGAAGAGAAGAAACUGAUGGUGGAGAACACCAAGUUGAAGAGGGACAUCGAGCAACUGAAGCAAACACUGCUGGAGAAGGAGAAGAACAGAGGAGAGAAGGGAGAGAAGAAGCCCGCGGCCCCCCAGGAGGAGGCUAAGGUGGACGUGUCGCGUCUGGACAUGAGGGUGGGACGCAUCGUCACGGCCGAGAAGCACCCGGACGCCGACUCACUCUACGUGGAGCAGGUGGACGUGGGGAAGGCCGCCCCCAGGACGGUGGUCAGCGGGCUGGUCAAGCACAUACCCAUAGAUCAGAUGCAGAAUCGCAUGGCGGUGCUGCUGUGCAACCUGAAGCCAGCUAAGAUGAGAGGCGUGCUGUCCCAGGCCAUGGUGAUGUGUGCCAGCUCCCCAGACAAGGUGGAGAUUCUAGACCCUCCCAGCGGUGCCGUGCCCGGAGACAGAGUCAUCUUCCAGGGCUUCCCAGGUGAGCCAGACAAGGAGCUGAACCCCAAGAAGAAGGUGUGGGAGGCGGUGCAGCCGGACCUGGAGACAGACGGCCAGUGUGUGGCCACCUACAAGGGAGCCCCCUUCCAGAUCGCCGGCAAGGGAGUGUGCAAAGCCCAGACCAUGAGCAACAGCUGCAUCAAAUAAAGGAAGACGAAUGCAGAUGACGGAGCCGUAGAACUAGAAUUGUGGGAAUGGGAAAGUGGGAAGGACCGUUCCAGCCAUUCUAUUUCUAUAGGUGGAACUAGCGAAGGUCCUUGUUCAGCCUGUGGAACUGAUAAAAACUCAUCCAUGACGGUGAUAGUGAUGAUGUCGACGGAGGAAAAGGAAAUGUUUUGAAGAUGUUCAAUAAAAAGGUUAUCAGUUGGCCUUAAAAUUGUUGCAA